UAUGUCCCACCAGAGAAUUCUGUUCCGAUGUGAUUUGAUACAAUUCUAUCAGUGUCCACAAGAUUUUGGGUGUUUGUGGCUCAGCUGUGAAACUGGGAGCCUAAGAAUGGACCUGGAACAAACCGUUGCUGCAUUGCUGUCAAAAAAUGAAACACUUGGGCAAGAAAAUGAUGAGUUAAAGUUGAUGCUAAGUGUAUUCAACGACUACAUAGACCUGAGAGCCAGGAUGCAAAGAUUCAACAACACUCUGGAGGAGUCAAUAGUUUGCUCACCAUCAGGAAGCAGACCAUCCAGUCUGUGGCAAGCCACCAUUAAUGAGGGAAAGUUCAGAAAGGACUUGCAGCAAUCCAAAAUUAAUCAUGAACACCGAACUUCAUCCCCUGCUGACUUCAAGUCUUUCAUACAGAGCUCGGUGCACGUAGACACAAGUGAGAGAGCAGAGUCUCAAAGCUGCCAGACUGAUGUUCCUCCUGAGGACAACGACAGGAUGCUGGGAGAGAUUGCCUACCAGCUGGACAGAAGGAUUCUCUCUUAUGUCUUCCAGGGCCAUAAGAGGCUUUAUGGUUUCACACUGCUUAAUAUACCAGACAAGAUCAUACAGGUUAGCACCCAUCCUCUGACAGGGAAGGUGGAUGAAGGCUAUCGGCUUCAUCUCACUCAGAGGUAUGCUGACCUCAUGGAGCAGUUGAACCAGCUUGGGUACAAAACAAAACUUCACCCUCUUUUCACUGAGUUCAUUGUCAACACUUACGGGAUCCUGAAGAUGAUGCCUGGUGAUAGCAACACUAAAGCAAUGAACUACAAUAACCCAGACUUUCUGAGGAAGCAGAUAGUGACCACAGCACCGAGAAAAAUUCAGAAAGACCUGCUGCUCGUGCUCACCUGCCUCUGCUACAUGGCCGAGAAGGACAGAAAGCCUCUUCUUCUGUGGUAGAGAUGACUGUAGUGAAAGGCAUACCAAAUUUACAAGCUUGCAGCACCCACAACUUGGAAAUAAACAUUGCAAAAUGAUGUAGUAAA